GAAACACUGAUGGUUACUCAAAAUCCCAAUGCGAUUGAUAAAUCUUGAGAAAUUGAAGUUAUUUAUAAUUCGUGAUUACAGUUAAUAUAAUUAGUGUUUUUAAUCUAAUCAAUACCGCUUCAGAUACAUCUGAGCGACUAAACACUCGUAACAACCCGGUAACUUAGUCUUUGAUAUUUAGUUAAUCUAGGAAAGCAUGUGUUUUCUCGGAGAUUAGUUACAUUUGAUUCAAUAAUGAAGAUGUUUAUCACAGGUAUAUGACCUCGACACUUCUUGCUGAAAUAGUUCCUGACUAGAUUCAUUUCUAGGUGCUGUUAUGUAUACCUUAUUUUAGAUGAAGUCUCACUAAAUUAAAUUUUAACUGCCACUAGUUGUUAAAUACAAUUAUUAAUAGUGAUCAUCACAAUGUAUGUCCAUCAUCAACUGCGAAAGAUUUUCAACCUUGCUUUCUCACCUCGAUAUUUACUCACAACAAAUACAGUUGUCGGUACUCUUGGUCUAGUCGGUGCUGAUGUGAUUCAACAAUAUGCUUCGCAUUAUGUUUAUCCCAAACCGGUCGAGAAGACCAAAGAAAUGGAACCUCAAGCCUUUGUUUUUGAUAAUAAACGCGCAUUUGGUAUGGCUGCUGGUGGAUUAAUUUUCGGAGCUGCUGGUCAUUAUUGGUAUCUAUUUUUGGAUAGAAAAUUUCCUGGCAGGUCUUUGACUGUUAUUUCAAAAAAAUUACUUUGUGAAGCUCUAAUUGCACCGCCUCUUCUUACAGUUUUUUACUACCUUGUUGCACGAACAGAAGGCAAAUCUAAUGAAGAAUGGUUCGAAGGGUUUAAAAAGAACAUAGUUGACAUCAUGUUGGUUGAUUGGUGUUGUUUUGCACCUGCACAAGCUUUGAAUUUCUACUUUUUACCACCGAAAUAUCGUUAUCUUUUUGUAGCUGUUCUUACCUUUUUCUAUGAUAAUUUUCUUUCAUUUGUUUUUCACAGAUAAGUUUUGUCGUCUGUGUUCAUUAAUAAACAUAUUUGUAUGAUUUAUGAAUGUGCAAAUCAA